CCUGUGUUUCAUCACAGGACAACACGCCCUGAGGUGAGAGGCGUCCCUCUGCUGCACCUGUGUCUCAGUGUCAGGAGACAGAGAGAGACAGAGACAGACUCACACAGGCACUUACAGCACCCGACAGGCUCCAGCUUCCCACACGAUCUGUGAUUUUCAGCACAAAGGCCCCCCCCACCGUCCCAUGAGAGUCAUCACAUCAUGAGAUCACGCGGCCUGUUCCUACUCAUUUACCUUCUGGGAAGCUGCUUUGGGCAAUCAAGCGCUAAUCGAAAUGAAUCGUGCACUUCAGGAGAACCCUUUGUUCCGGGCCAGGAUUCAACCUCACACUUCCUCCGCUGUGUGGGGCUGCCGUCGAACGACACGGGCACGGGCAACGUGCGCAGACUGAAAGACGUGCUGGAGGCGGCGAUGGACCUGUACACCUUCAUGAAGACAAGCAUGACAGGAGUGCCCAUCCUCAGCCUGCAGGGGGCGCUGGAGCUGAAUCUCGAUGCGGACCCCAUGCAGAACGAAGCCCUGGUGCAGAUGUGGCUGGAGGUGAAGAUCAAGCCGCUGCUGAGAUCCAUCACCAAACAAUUCCUGACCUGCCUCAGCACCAAGACCUUCAGCUGCUCCACCUACCAGACUGUGGUGAGGGAGCUCAGCCUCCAUUACUCUGACAUGGAGCCAGUCAGACAGAGGUGGAUCUACAGCUUCUUCAUGUACCCCUUCCUGUCCGGAGACAGAGUCGCUGGUUGUGCGCGUCGGAACGAGAGCAGCGAGGACUGGCUGAUCAAGAAUUUCGGUGCUUUCAGAGGCAUGGCCCGUGUGAAGGAUCUUUCCACUCUCAACCUGGUCUUCAGCGGACUGGAGGUUCUUCAUCUGCUGGGCCCGGCGCAGAAGGCCGAGCUGCUGAUGAUGCCCGGGGUCCAAAGUUUGGACAACGGCACCUUGACGCUGAUCUUCCACAGUUUGCUGACAGGGGGCCCUGGUCCCCCUCACCCUUCUCCCUCUUACCCUCCUCCCACAAUGAGCCCUGGCCACAACUGGACGACCCCUGGGCACAACUGGACGAGCAUUAGCCACAACUGGACGACCCCUGGCCACAACUGGACGAGCCCUGGCCACAACUGGACGACCCCUGGCCACAACUGGACGAGCCCUGGCCACAACUGGACGAGCAUUAGCCACAACUGGACGACCCCUGGCCACAACUGGACGACCCCUGGCCACAACUGGACGAGCCCUGGCCACAACUGGACGAGCUUUAGCCACAACUGGACGACCCCUGGCCACAACUGGAUGAGCCCUGGCCAAUCCUGGACGAGUCCGAGUUUUCCACCCAACUAUUCUCCACAACCGACAUAUACCCCUGUGUCUCCACACCAAGGCAUCAGAGAGGUUGUGAACGGCUUCAUGACGGCUUUCAAACCCAUCGGGAGCUUCGUCCAUGAGUUUGUGUCCUUCACACGUGAGAGAAACGUGUCAGAGAUCAGAAGCACCACUCUGACCCAGUUCCUGCUCAACUGGACUCUGGCUGAGCUGGCAGACAUGUACCGGCCGCACAACGCGUCCGUCCUCCCCGAGCUGCCAGAGUUUGAUGUGACGAACGUGGAGGACUGGUACAAGCAGGUGGUGAUGCCCGUGUUAAGGAGGUUUUUGCCAAACUCUGGGGACAUGAUGCAUCAGAACAUCAAACUUGGCUUCCACCAAUUGUUCUAUCUGGACCAUCAGAACGACAGUGAAACCUCUGAGAUCCAGGAUGUUUGCAGCAUCACCCUGGAUAAGAGCCCUUGUGGGCUGACGAACGCAGUGGAGAACGUGGCCCGCGUGUUACACUGCGUUGCUCGUUCCAACCUGACGAUGACGGAGGAGACGAUCAUGGAGCUGAUCAUCGAACUCACAAAAACUCUGAACUCACUCAUGAAGGAGUUAUCCACAACCGACUUCAACCAGUUGGGCUCGGAUAUUCACAAGAUCUUCUCUGAGGAGGAAUCUCCGUCUAUGACCCAGCAACACCUGCAGGACCCGGAGUUCAUCAAGCUCUGGUUCAAGGUCAAGCUGAUGCCCCUCCUGCCGGCCGUGCCCCCCCCACUCCUCGCCUGCCUCAGCACCAAGAACUUCUCCUGCCCCGUCUUCCAAACCAUUGUCGCAGAACUCAGCAAUUACAUGAGUGUCCUGGAUGCUGAUCCAAUGUACAGUCACACAAUCUAUCACAACUUCAUCUUCCCCACGCUGCUGAAUAAACAGACCUCUGAUCCAAACUGCCUCACAGCCAAUAGCAGCGCAGAGUGGCUGAAGAAGACCUUUGGCUUCUUCUCCAGAUUCGCCUACAUCACUGAUUUCUACAAACUGAACCCAAACUUUGCUGGGCUGGAGGUUCUUCACCUCCUCACACCCACACAAAUAACAGAGAUGCUGCUGGUGCCGCUCAGGACUCCUCCGAGCCAAGAUGUCGUCAUCGACCGAGUGUUUGACUUCCUGAUGGGGUCUCCUGAACAGUUUGCAGGGGUCUUAGAACACCUGCCUCAGCUCGCCAUGAUGGUCAAUACCUCCUGUGAUGUCUUCAAACAAAUUUUUGUGCGACUGUACGAGGCCGUUCCAUCUCUUCCUCCGGACAUCGAGCCGGUCGUCUGGGCCGGAAUAGACCAACUGAUAAGAGUUGCUCCAGAGGAAUGUGUUCCAGCCAACAUCACGUGCCCAGCUACUCUCUUCAAUGCCUCACACUGCAGCCGAGUCAACAGCUCGGAACUGGAGUUUCACUUGAGCACCUCCACCUCUAUGCACGUCUCCUGUAACUUCACCCUGGAGAAAUAUGCAUGUGCCAAGCUGGAGGACUUCACAGCCAAUCAGCUGGUGUCUCUGCUGAAGUGCAGCCUGCCUGGAAACAGCAGCCAUUCCAAAAUGCUGUGGAAGAUGCUGCUCACGAAACUCUCCAAUGUCCUGGACCCAGCUCUGGACCUGCUGGCCAACGAGUCGAUGACCAUGUUGGGUCCGUCAGCUCUGGAGGUGUUGGACGUGAUCGGCGAGAUCCGAGUGUCGCUGCUGACUGACGAGCAGCUGAUGAACAGCACUGAGAUCAGGAAGUGGUUCUCCGGACGCCUGAGCGCCUUCCUGCCGUCUGCGUCUGUGAGGUUCCUGCGCUGCCUGGGCCACAGGAACCUCAGCUGUCAGUCCUACCAGCAGAUACUGCAGGUGUUUAUCCACCAUUUUGAUCACAUGACCCUAAACCAGCAGCACGUGGUCCUGAAGAACUUCAUCCUCCCUCUCCUGUCACAACCACACUCAGGUCCAGGUUGUGUGAACGGCUCCGGAAACAGCACAGAGUGGCUGAAGAAGAACCUCGGCCCAUUUUCCGCGUUCUUGUCUCUCACGGAGCUUCUGGAUCUCAACCCACGCUUCAACCCUAUCGAGGCCCUGCGCCUCCUUACUCCAAAGCAGAGCGCGGAGCUGCUGGUGUCGACUCAUCCUUCGCUCCGGGACAAAGAGCUCAUCAUCAAUCAGCUGUUUGAUUUCCUGACGGAGACUCCUGAGCAAAGCAAAAUUCCAGAGUUCUUGUUCUUCCUCAACAUGUUCCUCCAAAAGGGAAAUCUCUCCUGCUCAUCGUUCAUAACUCUGUUUACCAGAGUGGACAUGGCCUUGACUGAAGUUUCUCCUGAUGUAGCUUCUAACAUCACCUACAGCAAGGUGGUCUUGUCCAAGCACCUUCCACCAGGUUGCAUCAUAUACAGUGGAAAUUGCAGCGUCACUAUAGCAAAUGAAACCGACAUUUGUAGUGGAGUGAACAGCACGGAGCUGCAGCUGCUCCUCUCCAGUGGCAACAUGGGGGGGCGUCUGUGUGACUUCACCGUCGAGGAAUUUGCUUGUGCCUCGCUGUCAGCGCUGACUGCAGAACAUCUGGCUGCGUUGCUGAUGUGCAGCCGCUCGUCAAACUCCAGCGGAUCCCGACCCGUCUGGAAGCUGCUCCUCUCCAAAGCCUCCCACGUGCUCGAUGGAGCUCUGGAUCUUCUCGCCAACAAGACUCUGGACCCCAGAAAUCCUGCGUUAUCACUGGUUCUGGAUUCCAUACGAGAAAUCCGAUUGAACGUCUUAGACAUGAACAGCAUCAACCACCCGGCCUUCGUCCAGCUGUGGUUCGCCCGCCGGCUCCGCCCGCUCCUCUCGGCGGUUUCCCCGGACUUCCUGUCAUGUGUCGUGACGAAGGGACUGAACUGCAGCACCUACCAACGCAUACUGCAGAUUCUGAGUCAGCUCCGGCCCAACAUGACUUUAGCCAGGCAGAGGUCUGUCUACGUGAACUUCAUCAAGGUCUUCCUGACCAGGAACAACACUGAAGACCCGAGCUGCAGCCUCAACACCAACAGCUCAGGAGAAUGGCUGCAGAAGAACCUGGCAGGUUUCUCCGACCUCCUCUCGUUCCCCGAUCUUCAGAUGCUCUACGCCAACUUCUCAGCGCUGGAAGCGUUGCCUCAGCUGACGGUUCUACAGCUGGCACAGAUGUCCUCCACCCCUGGUCAGAUCCGAUCUGCUGCCCAGGUCAACAUGGUGAUGAGUCACGUCCCCAGCCGAGAGCUUGCUGCUUUCUUUGAUACGUUCUCACCUGCUGCCAUGGCCCACGUGAACAUGAUCCCCUCUCCGGUGAGGUCGGCCAUGUUGCAGGUUGUGUUUGAUCGAGCCGACCUCUCCAGCAACUCUGUGAGUGACUCGGCUGUGAUGCCGUGGCUCCUCGUUCGCCUGCCGCCGCUGCUGGUGGGUCUGCUACCGCACCACGUUGCACCGUUCUUCACGAUAAUGAACGGAAGGAACUGCAGCAUCGAGGAGCUGGGAGUCAUGGAACUGAAUUCAACGAUCUCAUCUCUCAGCAAUGAGACGAAGGACGAAAUCCACAGCAGCAUCAUCCAGAUGCUCAGAGGACCAACACCUCUCCGAUGCUACGGCGACAACUACAACCACAGCUACUACAUCUUCCUGGAGAGCAGGUUCAUGGGAUUCCAGUUCCCCAACCUGACCACCUUCCUGUCGCUCAUGCCUCACGACAAAAUGCCACAGUUGUUGAACUCCAUGCCUCCGUCACAUCUGGGCGAUUUCCUCCGUCGUCCUGACACCGUCGACAGUGAUGCGCAGCUCUGCGUCCUCUUCAACAGCUACACCCAGACACUAGAGUUCCUGGAGAAGGAGUCUCUCCCUGCGGCGGUGAGGCGACCCACGCUGCCUUGCGUCUGGCCGAUGGCUCUCAGCAGCUCCAAGAGGUCAGAGGUCAACGCCUGGUUUGACCGAAGCCUCAACAACUACUAUGAAUUCCUCACAAAGACUCUGAUCAGCCCCGACACCACAGACAACGCCACCUGUCUGGCCUUCCAAAAGAUCGUAUCAGUUCUUGGCGACUACAACUACACAGCUGUGGACUUUGUGAGGGGAGACGUGUUCACCAGCAUCAGGUCCUACCUCCACUCAGCGACGGUGCCCAGAUGUUAUAACUCCAGCGACCCGGAGCUGAACUCCACCGCCUGGUUCGCUGACUACAUCGGCUCCUUCGCUCCUUCCCUCACUCUGACCGAUCUGCUGGCGUUCGGAUCACAGCAGGUCCUCCAGGUGUUCACCGUGAACCUGGAGAACAUCGCCCUCUUCAACCACUCGGAGUUUCAGCUCAACUUCACCAGCUACUACGUGGAGCUUGUGUAUCUGCAGGAGAGCAACUUCAACCCCAUACUUUUGCCUCAGGUGUUUCGCUGCGUCGCUCCUGGGGAAGCGUUCACUCAGCUGUCUGAGGAGCUGAGUGUUAUAGUGCUGAGGAACCUGACCGACAUCUGUACAGACCUGGAUCCACAGAUCGCUGCAGCGUUGGCGGGUAACUUUGGUGAUGACCUCGACGCCUCGAACAUCGCUUCCCUGGGGAACGAGGCCAUCGGCCUGUCCAUGGACCAGAUCCACUCGAUCCGUGUGGAGGUCCUGCUCGAGUCGCUGAGCGUCCUCAGCACCGUGAUGGGCUGGAACGAGGGUCAGGCCAGGGCCAUCAUCCAGGCCAUUAUGUUGUCAGGGCAAAUGAAGAUCAACAGCUCCUCGACGCUGAUCAUGCUGGGCUCUCUGGUUGUGGGUUGUCCCACCACAGCGUUCACCAGCAUCAACGCCUCCGAGCUCAUUAUUUCGGGUCAAAAUUCUGCUUUCCUGGGGAACCUGAUGACCGCCCCGCAGAUCGUCCAGCAUGUCUUCGUCACUCAGAUCGUGGGAGUGAACAGCAACAGCGAGGCGAUCAUAGAGAAUGUUCCGGAUGCAAUGGCCACUGAGAUCCCUCCAGUGCAGCUGCUGGGCUUCUCCGGCAAAGACAGCGUUAUCAAAAAGCUCAACGAGAAGAAAUGGAAGAAGCAGCAGGUGGAGUUAUUCUUCAGUGUCAUCGCUGUGGAGACUUCAACUGCGACGCUGGGAGGUGCAAACAAUUUGUCCUCCUCUGUGCUACAAGGGUUCACCUGCACUGGAGUGAGGAGCGUUACAACGGUGCAGAUCAAGAAGCUGAUUAAAGCGUGUCGGAGAAAAGGCAAGAGGAAGGUCAAGCUGGUGGAGACUCAGCUGACGUGCAUGUACAACUACAUUAAAGGCGACUCGGACGCCACCAGCUUCGCCCUCUAUCCCCCGGAUGUGCUUCUGUACUACGAUUACUCUCUGGUGCCACAGGCCAGCUGCAGGUCGUAUUUUGAGGAGCUGGCGGACGCAGACUUCACCGUCUUCUCCUCCGACCUCAGCUACAAACGCACGGCUCUGUUCGAUAACGCCAGGAGCUGCCUGGGUAUAACAACAACAAGUUUGACGAAGGACAACAUAAAAGUGUUGGGAAACAUGUGCUGCAGUGUGGAUGGAUCCUACAUCGAGAACUCGGACCCGUCCAUUUUGGAAAUACUCAAGACCUGCCCGGACCUCACCACUGCUCAGGCCCUUGCAGCUCAGUCCCUGCUGCUGAGCGGGAAAACCCCGUACGGAGAGACGUCAAAAUGGGAUCAACAAACUCUGCAGGACCUCGGCAUGUUACCGCUUUAUAUGACCUCAACUUUCUACGAUAAAUUUGACAAGAAAACGAAGCGCAACUUCUUGAAGUACUUCCUGAAAAUCCUGAAGAGUAACGGAGUGAGCAGAGGGAAGAGGAGGACGAUGAAGAAACAAAUCAGAAAGUCCAACAAAAAGAAGACAAAGCGAUCCAUAGAAUCGGAAUGCACUUCGGGAACGAUCACUCAUGUGACCAUUAGCAAAGAGACGUUCCCCUUCGAUUAUGAGGAUGUGACCCAGUUCAACUGCUGCCUCAGCGCGGCGACUGUUAAAGGAAACCUGGAAGGCCUCACUGAGAAGGUGGACGAUGAGGAGUUCCUCGCCAUCAUUCUCCUCAGGCUGCAUGAGGCGUACGGUGACAACGCCACCAUCCCUGAGGAUCAGGUUCAGAUGUUGGGUCCAGCGUCUCGUGUGGCCACCGUCAGCCACAUAAGCAGGUGGCGCAUCACUGAGGUCGACACGCUGUAUGCUCUGAUGGACUCGUCUGAUGGGGUCUGGGACACGAGCCUGGCCAAGGCCGUCAUCUCCAACUACCUGAGCAACGCAGGGAACGCCCUCGGCAGCGCGGAGCUCAACACCAUCGGAGGAGCCAACCUGUGCGCGCUGGACGUCGACGUUUUGAAGAACAUCUCCACACAAAGCCUAAAAGAAGCCAACGCCCUUGAUGUGUCCACCUGCUCCACAGAGAAGAAGGAGGAACUCUUCACCAUCGCCUUACAAGCGUUCACAACAACCACCCGCUCAACCGCCGUCCCUCUAACCACCUACCAGCUCAUUUCUGCUUAUCUUGGGGGCACUACGCGUGCGUAUAUCCAAACAUUGGUGACCUCCAAUGUCAGCAUGGACCUGCCCACCUUCACCACUCUGAAUGAGAGCAUCGUAACGAGUCUGACCGUUAGUGACGUUCAAGGUCUUCUUGGCAGCAACGUGGCAGAUCUGAAGUCCUAUGAGAACCAAACCGUGGUAAAGGCCUGGACCAGGAGUCGGCUCCAAUCAGACCUUGAUACCUUGUCACUGGGACUUACGGGUGGGAGGGCUACCACCGACACCACGACCACCAACCCUACCACAGCCACCACCGUCUCAAGCAUUGCGUCAACCUCAUCAUCACCAACAUCCUCAGUAGCAACAACCUCAUCUUCACCAACGUCCUCAGUCGCAACAACCUCCUCUUCACCAACGUCCUCAGUAGCUACAACCUCAUCAUUACCAACGUCCUCCGUAGCUACAACCUCAUCAUUACCAACGUCCUCCGUAGCUACAACCUCAUCAUCACCAACGUCCUCAGUAGCUACAACCUCAUCAUCACCAACAUCCUCAGUAGCUACAACCUCAUCUUCACCAACAUCCUCAGUAGCUACAACCUCAUCAUCACCAACAUCCUCAGUAGCUACAACCUCAUCUUCACCAACGUCCUCAGUGGCUACAACCUUAUCAUCAGUUACAUCCUCAGCAGCUACAACCUCAUCAUCAGCAACAUCCUCAGCAGCAACAUCAGCAGCAUCCACCACUGUGCCAGGAACCACCAGCACCACUACAACUUCUGCUACCACCACAGCCCACGGCUCCCGCCUCCGAGCAGACGCUGGCUUCUCCCUCUUCUUCCUCCUGGUGCUCUUCAUCGCUUCUCAGCAAGUUGUGGUGUGAGGAGCCUCCACUGACGCGACUGGUUAUAUGAACUUCACAGACUAGACUGGUUAGGUGAUAAAUAUGAUGAAAUAAUGUUUUUUUUAUCUCUAUUAGAAAUAAAUGAUGAGCCAGCUGAGGUCAUAGAAUGGCUGCAUAUUACGUUACAUUGCUUAAAACACAGUAAAUGUAAAUAAUAUAUUCUAUUCUCAGUAGGGGGAACAUUUGCUCUCAACCGUUUUAUAUGAAUGUACCAGAUCAUUACAUUUACACAUUUUUUACUCUUUUUAUCUUUUUCCCCUGAAACUAAAUUUGUUUUAAUUAUUGAAAUGAAGGUUAAACUAUAUAAAAAAAUGAAGGUGAAAGUUUCUUCUGCCUUUCUUCUGCUGUAUCCUCACUGUUGUGAAUCAAUUUGGAGACAGCACUCUCUUUCCUGUGAGAUUUAUGAGAUUAAUAAUAAAAGACUUAUUAUUUAUCGACGACUUCAAAAACA